AUGACAGUUCUUCCUCUCUUUGCGCCUUACCCGCAAGCAGCGUGGCGGCAACAUCUCUCGUCUUCGCAGUGGAAGACGCUUUCUGAAGCUUGGAUCUCGCUCUCCCAAGCUUACACUAGCCUUGCAGAUGACCAAUUGCGCAGCCAAGGCGAAUCGGCAAUCGAAUUCGUCGUCUCGUACGUCAAGGAGACGGCAGCCUCGCCCUCUCCAGCUCCAUCGCCACAGCUCUCCAAAGCUGUAUUCGUCUUAAUAUCGCGAUUAUUACAAGUAACAACAUCCUCUACCAUUAUAUCUGCCGAUUUUGUCACCAACUUCUCAAAAAUAUAUCCGAAAAAGCUCGUCGCGCCCGUCCUCUCGUCACUUUUUACCCGCAGCCCGAUCCCUCUCGAGUCCUCCCUCUCUGUCCUGAAGCGCACCCUCAUCCCGCAUUUAGAAUCGGGCAUGAAGGGAAACUUGAAAAUGGUGGAAGAAAAGUUGACACAGCUCAACCCGCUGCUGCACGUCUCGCCACAAGCUUGCAUCUUUUUUUUGGCUGGCUCCGACUUUUUUGAUGCUCUCGUCGCCGGCUUCAGAAUCAUGAACCCGCCUCUACGAAAAGUCAUCAUCGCCACCGUAUAUCUCUGCCUGAUUGGUCUGACAGAAACAGAGCCGCCAAAAUGGUCCAUGCUUAGCGACGAACUCUUUGCUCUCAAAGAAGCGGCCGACGAGCACAAAAUCGGCCCUCUGAAUAUCAACGACUCCCUCGUCCCAGAACUCGUCACAUCCACGCCCAUCCUCAAAAUCAUCCUCCGCAAGGCUGAAGAACACACUGUAGCUACAUCCACAUUUAAAAAUAGAAUCCAUGCUCUCGAGCCGUUCAUCAAGGGCGCCAUGAUCAAGCCCAAACGCCUCACCAAGCGCAAGAUUGACAAAGGCAAAGGGAAGCAAUCGUCCGAAGAUGUGGAUGCCGAGAUGCAUAUCCACCUAAUGAGCCACAUCACCCAAGUGCAAGACCUGUUCCCCGACCUCGGCAGCGGCUUCGUUGCCAAAUGCCUCGACGAAUACUCCAACGAUGUCGAGCAAGUCGUUUCCAAUCUCCUCGGCGACUCUCUCCCUCCUCAUCUUGCUUCCCUCGACCGCUCCGAACCCCUCUCAACCACCGAACCGCCACCAAAGCCUGAUCUUGCUCCUCACAAUACUCCUCCACAGCUCCCUACACGCCACAAUAUCUUUGACGACGACGAGUUUGACCGCUUAGCAGCAGACACGUCAAAGAUAUCCUUCGGUAAACGCCCCGACAAGACAGCCGAUGAGCUGCUCCGCGACCGCACCUCUGCUCCCGGAAAGGCCGCUAUUCUAUCUGCCCUCGCCGCAUUCGACUCUGACGACGACGAGCGCGACGACACCUACGAUGCCGACGAUGUCGGUGGCACCGUCGACGCCUCGACCAACCAAGAAGCCGACUCCGCCAACGAAGCCAGCGAAGAGGCCCUAUUCCGCGCCUAUCUCUCCAGCCCGAAGCUCUUUGACCGUGACUCCGCCACUCGCCGCUCAGCACCGCGUAACAAGCUGCGCGAAGAUACAGGCAUGACAGACGAGGCCAUCGAAGGAUGGGCCGUCAUGUUGGCCCGCACGCCACAGCAAAUGCGCCGCUUGGAGGCCAAGUAUGCCUUUGACGGUAAACAGCAGCAUACACUUGAGCGCACUGCUUGGCGUGAAGGCGAAGACAGCGAUCGAGAUGCCUCUACACGAGGUAGAGGUCGUGGUAGAGGCCGUGGAGGAUCCGGUCGUGGUAGAGGCGGCAAUGUUGCUGGUGCCCCGAGUGAUCAGGGCACAGAGGCCGCUCGACGCAACAAGGAAGCUAAUAAAAGCAGCCGCGCGAACCAUAACCGCAAAGGAGCGCGUGCAAAGAAGAUGGCUCGAGGAGGCAUGAUGGGAUGA